GUCGGACACUUCGCCGGGCCGGAAGUGGCGGGGUUAGGGGACCUUUCGGGGCUUUGCGGCAGCCGAGAGAUGGGAAGGAGUGUGUUGGGUCGAGUCCUGACACCGGAAGCGUUUCUCGGGGAGACUGUAAAGGUUUACGACGAACCCCGCUCGCUGUAAAUCGUACAUACUAUGCAAAUCACAUGUAAACCGGCUGCGUUGCGGCGCUCUGGCUGAGUGUAAAACAAGCACAUUUGAGGCUUAGCCACAUUAUCCCCCUACCUCUGUUUUGCGGUUAAGGGUCAGAAACUGUCACAUCGGUAAACCAGCCACCUCUUUCUGCAUACAGAUUAGGCGCGCGACCCCUGGGAGCCCCGCCGCGUCGUCAUGCGUCACGGCCCAGCCCCCGUAAGCCGGCGUAGCGGACGCAGCGUGCUGGCGUGGGCGGAGCGAUCUCUGCACCCACCUCCUGUGGGCAGAGCCAACUGCGGGUGGGCUGCGGCAGUGAGGCGGGCAUGGUACAGCUGGAGCUUCGCUUCUUGAGUAGCGUAGCCGGUUCUGUGCUCGGUUCAUCGACUACCUGGACGUGCGCGUUAGGCAGAGCAGGCCGGAAAGGAGCAGGUUGGGAGUGUGGCGGGGCCCGCAGCUUCAGAAGCGCCGCGGUGACCAUGGCCCCGAUCAAGGUGGGAGAUGCCAUUCCCUCAGUGGAGGUAUUUGAAGGGGAACCGGGAAAGAAGGUGAACUUGGCAGAGCUGUUCAAGGGCAAGAAAGGUGUUUUGUUUGGAGUCCCUGGGGCGUUUACACCUGGCUGUUCUAAGAGCCACCUGCCUGGGUUUGUGGAGCAAGCUGGAGCUCUGAAGGCCAAAGGCGCGGAGGUGGUGGCCUGUCUAAGUGUAAAUGAUGUCUUUGUGACUGAAGAGUGGGGUCGAGCCCACCAGGCAGAAGGCAAGGUCCGACUCCUGGCUGACCCCACUGGAGCCUUUGGGAAGGAGACAGACUUAUUAUUGGAUGAUUCUUUGGUGUCUCUCUUUGGAAAUCGUCGGCUGAAAAGGUUCUCCAUGGUGAUAGACAACGGUGUAGUGAAGGCACUGAACGUGGAGCCGGAUGGCACAGGCCUCACCUGCAGCCUGGCCCCCAACAUCCUCUCACAGCUCUGAGGCCCUGGCCAGAUGUCCUCUGACUCCCAUCUCCCCCACCCGGCUCUGGGCCAAAAGGUCCAGUACCUCCUUACGGGGGACCACUUAAAUGGAACCUUAACCAUAUUUCUGCAAUAAACAGUUUAAUUUGUGUCUUUGCCUCUGG